AUGUCAGCAAAAGGGCGCAAGUUGGAAUUUGGGAAUGUGCUGGUGGUCGGAGGCUGCGGGUUCCUGGGAUGGCACAUUGUCGAUCACCUGCUGAAUUUCCCCUCGGAGACGGACCCCAGCGCUGCGUUGCCCAAGCCGCAGGGCGAUGCGCGAUUCGAAUUCCCAACGCUGGCCUCUCGCUACCCUACUUACAAGGCAAAGGUGUCGGUGGUAGAUUUGCGCACUUCUCACAACCGUCUUCCGGGAGCCGAAUACUAUGACGGCGACAUCACGUCGGUGAGGUCGAUGUUGAAGGUGUUUAACGCUGUCAAGCCCGAGCUCGUCAUUCACACUGCCACGCCGUCUGUACUCGAUGGGAAUAAGCAGCUGCUGCACAAGGUCAACGUCAAGGGAACUAAAACACUGCUGGAAGUCGCGGGCGGCGAGCACGGUGAUUGGGGUGGCAAGUGCAAGGCGUUUGUGUACACGAGCUCCAGCUCUGUGGUGCACGAUACUCAGAGCGACCUGAUCAACGUCAAUGAGCAGUGGCCGUAUGUCCGGGGACCCCGACAGCUGGAGUACUACUCCGAGACCAAGGCCGACGCCGAAGAAAUUGUCCUCCAGUACAACCGCAAGUCGCCCAAUGGCAUGGUUACGACCGCCAUCCGGCCGGCCGGCAUCCACGGCGAAAAAGACACGACAAUGACACAUAAGAUCCUGGAGCACGGGUCCCAGGCAUCCCCGACGGUGCUGCGGAUGCAGCUGGGUGACAACGACAACCUGUUCGACUUCACCUAUGUCGGCAACGUGGCCUAUGCACACAUGCUUGCCGGACACCGAUUGCUGUCGACCUACACGCGCUACGAGUCCGGCCAGGGCGAGCCCCUGGACAUGGAGCGCGUCGACGGCGAGGCAUUCAACAUCACCAACGACUCUCCCGUUUAUUUCUGGGACGUUACCCAUGCCAUGUGGGCGCUGAUCAACCGCGUUGUUGAGCCGGAACAGGUCUGGGCGCUUCCCGAGGGCCUCCUUGGCUCUAUUGGAGCCGUGGCUGAGACCGUCAUGGGGCUUUUCGGCAAAACCCCGCGUCUGACGAGCCGUAUGGUGCGCUACUCGUGUAUGACCCGCUACUUCUCCGUGGAGAAGGCCAAGUUUCGUCUGGCAUACCUGCCCGUCGUGCCAGUCGAUGAAGGUAUUGCCCGGGCGGUUGGAUAUGUGGUGGAACAGAAACGGCUCGCCGAGGGAAAGAAGGCUCUGUAA